CUGUGAGGCGCAACACAAUCUCUUGCUCUUGUCCAAACGUGAGCCUCUUUCUCAAGUCAUCAUUCUUCCUUCGACUCGCCCAUUACUGCUUCAGUCGAUUGAGUGACACCACUUUCGUCCGUUGAACUGCCAGAACACCAUGGCCGCCGACCAUGUUCUUGAUCCCCGCGGCGAGGUCAUACUAGUCGUGCGCAAUCCGAAUGCGCCGCUUGCGCAGCCGAUAAAUGAAGAGCCUGUCUCCGCCAAACCUCCAGUGACCGCCGCCAAAAGGACCGAAUCAUCUGCUGAGCGCCCCACGAAACGAGCCAAAAUAUCCAGCGAAACCUCGGAUGCAUCAACCCACUCAAAGCCAGACGAUCGAAACCCGAAGGAGAUUCGAAUUCAAGUCUCUGCGAAGCACUUAUCAGUCGGAUCACCAGUCUUUGACAGAAUGCUUUACGAUGGGUGGAAGGAAGGAAAAGAGUUCAAGGAUAAGGGCUCCAUCGAACUGGAAGUUGACAACUGCGAUAUCGAGGCCUUGCUUGUCGUGCUCUACAUCCUCCACUCACGCCUCCAUCAGGUUCCUCACAAAUUGAAUGUCGAGCAGCUGGCUAAGAUAGCCGUGGUCGCAGAUUAUUAUGAUUGCCAGAGCCUUAUGUUCUUUAGCCCAAUAUGGUUGGGCGGCCUAAAAGGUGAGCAGGUACCAGCUGCGUUCUCAAGGGACCUAGUCGUUUGGAUCUGGGUAUCAUUCUAUUUUCGCUGGGGAGAUACGUUUGAGAACGCAACUCGUAAAUGCAUUGAAUGCUGCCCCGGCCCUAUCUCCUCAUUUGGACUCCCAAUUCCAAAAAGCAUAAUUGAUGCAAUGAAUAAAAAUAGAUGCAUGGCUGUGGGCGAAGUCAUAAGCAUGAUCUGCGAGGCCCGCCGUUGCCUUCUCGAAGAAUUUCCAAGUCCCAUUUUGUCUACCUGCUACCCCCUGGUACUGGGGAUGCUGAUGCAUUAUAUGCAGAAGCAUGCAUUGCCUCUGACACAGCCAGGUUUGCCAUAUAACGGAAUCACAUGCAAGGAGAUUGAGAAGGUGUAUCACGGGUGGCAACAACAUCUAUCGGACAUGCGCAAAAGUGGUCGUCAAGAGCAUUGGUGUGAAAAAUGCACCAAUGUGGCUUACUUUGUACUCGACGACUUUCUUGAACCGAUCGAUGGUCUAAUGCUGUUCCACUAUACAACUACCUCUGCGCAACCUCUCGACUAGGAUGGACUCGAUGGGGAGCGAUUGUUGGAAUUUGAAGGGACCGAAACAGAUAUGGCAAGCUGCUCCCUAGAAUAUAUCUGAUUCUUUUCAUGAGCCUUUACAAGGAAUGUUGCCAUCCCCCUACAUGUACAUAGGGCUUGGUGGUUUGAAGAGACAAGGUGCUCAUGCUUUCAUAUUGCCUCUUUCUUAAUUGUAACCGCUCGUUAAUCGCAACAUAGGCGCGCCAUUCUCUGCGUUAAUGAUAAGUUUACGAUCCAAUUUCCAAAGAAUCGCCACACCCAGAG